GACUCCACUACCUAGGGCUUCAAAGGUCCACCAAGCUGGGACAGGGAGGAUCCUGGGAGAAAACAAAGCCAAAGAUGUCAUUCGAUCAGGAAGUGAGCUCAGCACCAGUAACCCAGGACCACUCAGCUAACAAGCAGCAGAGGCAGGGUCUGAACUCAGGACUGUGUGGAGAUGUUGCUGUGGUUGCUGCUGCUGCUGCUUCUCAUGCUGCUGCUGCCCACAUUCACCUUGCUUGGGCAGCAGAUAUCCCUGGAGGCCAGGCUGCCCUGGCUUGCCAACCUUCAGCACCGUGUGGCAUGGAGGGUCCUGUGCUGGGCAGCUACGUGGCAGCAGCGGAGACUAGAACAGACCACACUGUGUGUGGAGGAGAGUCAGCAGCAAGCCCUGACCUGGUGUCUACAGAGAGCCUGGGGACCCCGCUGUUCCUCCAAGGGGAGCACAGAUAUGAACACCUUUCGGAAUCGUCUUCCAUUGACCAAUCCCAGCCAAGCCCCAGAGGAAGAAAAUGAGGCCCACCUCCCACCACCUAUCUCCAACCAGUACUCAGGAGAGGCCUCUCUGCAGGCCACCCUACUAGGUCUUGUAGCCCUAAACAAGGCCUAUCCAGAAGUGCUAGCUCCAGGAGGGACUGCCUGUGUGACCCCCACAUCUCCAUGGCCCAGCCCUCUCCCCUGGCCUGGGAGUAUCCUGAGCUGGGCAAGACCCCCAGGGGCCAAGGACACUGAGGCCCUGUUGCUCAUGGCACUCAGGUCCCCAGGGCUGAGAGCACUGGAGGCUGGAACAGCAGUGGAGCUCCUGGAUGUCUUCUCAGGCCUGGAGGUCAAGGGCGAAGAACUGGCGGAGGCAAUAGCUGCUGGGAACACAGGGGCGCCGCUCCCCAAACGGGCAGCUGAGCUGCGGGAGGCCCUAAAGCAGGGAUCCCGAGGACUGGCCCUUCGGCUGUGGCCACAGCUGCGGGUGGUGGUGACUCUGGAUGCAGGAGGACAGGCGGAGGCAGUGGCUGCCCUUGGGGCUUUGUGGUGUCAAGGGCUAGCCUUCUUCUCUCCUGCCUAUGCUGCUUCUGGAGGGGUGGUAGGCCUAAACUUAUGGCCAGAGCAGCCCCAUGAGCUCUACCUCCUGCACCCUGGAGCCCCUUUUAUUGAGCUGCUCCCAAUCAAGGAAGACACUCAAGAGGAGACAGCUCCCACCUUCCUUCUGACUGAAGCCCAAAGGGGCAAGGAGUAUGAGCUGGUGCUGACUGACCACGUCAGCCUGACCAGGUGCCGCUUGGGUGAUGUGGUACAGGUGGUUGGUGCCUAUAAUAAGUGUCCAGUUGUCAGAUUCAUGUACAGGCUGGACCAGACUCUGAGUGUACGGGGAGAAAUGACUGGUGAGAAGAUGUUCUCCGAAGCCCUGGCCCAGGCAGUGGGACAGUGGCCAGGAGCUAAGCUGUUGGACCAUGGCUGUGUGGAAAGCAGCAUUCUGGACUCCUCUGACGGCUCUGCUCCGCACUACGAGGUGUUUGUGGAGCUGAGGGGGCUGCGGAAUCUGUCGGAAGGAAAUCGAGAAAAGCUGGACCACUGCCUCCAGGAAGCCUCGCCUCACUACAAGUCUCUGCGGUUCAGAGGCAGCGUGGGCCCUGCCAGGGUGCACCUGGUGGGGCCAGGGGCCUUCCAAGCACUCCGGGCUGCCCUGGCCUCCUGCCCCUCAGCUUCCUUCCCUCCCUCCAUGCCCCGGGUCCUUAGGCAUAGGCACCUGGCCCAGCUCCUGCAGAGAAGGGUAGUGUCCUGAGCCACGGGUGCCUACAGCCCUGCUAUCCACAGCACCAGCCUGACUCUUUCCUCUGAGGCCUCUCUGGAUGGAGAGUCCUUGGCCAGAGACUUUCACUUGACAUUGGCUCAUCAGAGCCCCUGGGCCUGAUGGGAAAUGUUGGCCUUUGUUGGCUAAUUCUGAAGUGUGAGCUUUAGGACUAUAGCAGAAUGCAGCAGUGCCCUGCCCAUAUCCACCUUGGCCGGCUAUGGAGGACAUUACUAGAGGAUUCCCAGUCAUACCAAUGGUUUCCUGUGUCUCUCAGCCCAGUGGUGUUCUCUGGCCACUUGACCCAUGUAUUGGGGUGGGCCAAAAUAAAUUGGAAUUCAUGUCCUUCAUCAGUAUGUGGGACAGGAGUUGAUGAAUAAAAACCUCAGCAUCGUUUCUCUGAGUAA